AUGGUGAGACGCUUCUCAUAUGCUGAGAAAGGGAAAGCUCUAGACCUACCCACAGCACAUCAACCACCAAGAAGGCGAAUAAGAGCUCCAGAGAUGGACACAACCGACCUUGUCCGCCAAAACUCGCUCACUCUCAUAGGAAGGCUCACAAACCCACAGGAACAGAGGAUGUGGACGAUGAUUCCCUACAUCUCUAGCUGGUGGGAACUACGGGGAAGAGCGGUGGGCUCUGACCUAGGAAACCACUGUUUCCAGUUCAGAUUUGACUACGAUGAAGAUCUACAAAAAGUUCUCGACAACCGACCCUAUCAAUAUGCGAGAUGGAUGCUCAUCCUCCAAAAAUGGGAACCAAUAAUCUCCUCGACUUUCCCAUCCCAGAUCCCGUUCUGGAUCCAACUCAAAGGCCUGCCUCUUCACUACUGGAAGAAAGAACUGCUGUGUAACAUCGGACGUGAGCUAGGCGACUACAAGGAACAGAUCCUCACAAAAAUGACUGCAAAAAUCAAAGUGGAAGUCAAUGGCCUACAACCCCUUGCAAAAGAUGCAGUCAUCGAAUUUGAAGGAGGCCAAGAAGCUGUAGUUACCUUUGAGUACGAGAACCUGGGAAAACACUGCUCUCUCUGCUACAGCUUGAGCCACGAGGAAGAUCUAUGCCCGGAGAAGCUCCAACUAACAGAUCUACAAGAAGCUCCAACAAGACAGGCGAUAAGAGAAAGUCACUAUCCUGCAAAAGUACCUUCCCCAACCAUCUAUCGCCCGUUCAACCAACGCCAAGACCGCUACGGGAGACUGUUUGGGGAAAGACCCUCUACUAAGAGAACUUUGAUAGCAAGGGUUACAGAGCCGGUUUUGAGGAACCACAAUCUGGAGCCGCCACAACCAAGACACCAACACACACCAGACAUCUCGCCGCCAUACAACAGAAACCGUCUAGCUCCUCCUCCGACCAUACACCGUCAAAAUGGCCGUGAAAUUUUCAGAUCUGAUACAGGUCUAGGUUUGUCAGGACCAUCUAGGAGAGGAAAUCAACGGAACUCACCUCCGCGCCAGGUUUGGAGAGAGAAGCCCCCAAACCUCAAUGAUCAAAGCGUUGAUAUCUCCACCACUCGGGGGACUGCACUAGUAGGACGAAACCUGGAUACAGAAGCCUUUACGCCAGUGCAAAGAACACACUCCGAAGCGGAGAUAAUGUCAUCACUUCAGGAGGUAACAGUGCAAUACGCUAACGUUGAUGAUCCGGUUGAGAGAGCAGCAAGAUUGCAACGUGUCCUUGAAGGAGAAGCUCGGGGUCUCAUGGCGGAUACAGCAAGAUCCAUGUUUACUGCUCAAGUCCUGCAACAACACAUCACUGCCGAUACCCAUCUUGUUCCAACGACUGUUAUCCCAUUGGUAGAGGUCUGUACUGAUGUAGACAUUCGGCCUGUGUCUCAGCCUCUGGAGCCGUCGAGACGACCUAGAGGUAGACCACCUACAACGAAACCCAACCAAGCGGUUAACCCGUCAGAAGCUGGACCAAGUAAGAGGAAAACGAAACAAGGCAGAAUAUCACCUUUCCUGAGGAUUUCCCCCUUAUCCAGAGUUGUCAUGACCCGUACCUCUCCAGUCACACACAAUCACGGGACCCGACGAAGUAGAGUAACACUGCAACGAGGACCAUCGAUACCAGCAACUCCAACUGCAACCCCACCAACCAACACCAUGGUACCGGCGAUCCGGCGAGCUACAAGGAAGGAUAAGGCGGAUUUUCACAGUCUGCAAGAUCCUCUUCCUUAA